UGAUAUUGGCCAUGUGUGUAUUGCCGUACAUACUACAGAAGUCAUACAGCUUCAUUUUGCACUUUGUUUAUGAAUAUUUAUAAAUGUAGGCAUUACAUUUAGGUUAUAAGUCUGACUUACGUUUGUAGGAAAUAGUACAUGUCGUCAGCGGAAGUUAGUUUUAUUUGAAUUUUCUGUUUCGCUCCGCAUUAGCUUCCGUAGUUCAUUCGCUAUGGCAGUUUGCAUCCUUAAACGUUAGCUGUAUGAUGACUAGCGUGACUUAGCGUGACAUGCUUAAAAUCCGACCACUACUGAGUGCCUUAGUGAACCGCAGACUGACGUUAGAGAGAAACGGUGGCCUUCUUAAGUUAUUUUGCAUGAUGAGUGAAGGACCCAGAGAUGAGCAGACAGCCAAGCAGCUGAAAAGAGCCAACGAGGAAAAUGAAGCAGAGAAGGUGCAGGCUACUAAAAAACUAAAAGCAGAGGGAGUAAACACUGAAGAUGAAAAGAAAUACCCCAAAAAGAAAGUGGUGCUCCUCCUGGCAUACUCUGGGAAGGGUUACUAUGGCAUGCAGAGAAACCCUGGAACCUCUCAGUUUAGGACCAUUGAAGAUGAUCUGGUCACUGCACUUAUUAAAUCAGGCUGCAUUCCUGAAAACCACGGUAACGACAUGAAAAAGAUGUCUUUCCAAAGAUGUGCCAGAACAGACAAGGGUGUGUCUGCAGCUGGCCAAGUGGUGUCUCUAAAGGUGUGGUUGAUUGAAGACAUCAUUGAAAAAAUCAAUGAGCAUCUGCCGCCACAGAUCAGAGUGCUCGGCUUUAAACGGGUGACACAGGGUUUCAAUUCCAAAACAAACUGUGAUGCUCGUACAUACAUUUACAUGCUUCCUACAGUGGCCUUUGCCCCUAAAGACUAUGACACUGGGGAUAUAUCAGCCUUCCGCCUUGAAACAGAGACACUCCAGAGGGCGAACCGCCUGUUCGCUCUCUACAAAGGCACCCAUAACUUCCACAACUUCACCUCUCAGAAGGCUCCAAGCGACCCCAGCGCCCGCCGCUACAUCACAGAGAUGUCCUGUGGAGAGCCUUUCCUCAACAGCAAUACUCAGUUUGCAGUGAUCACUGUCCGAGGCCAGAGCUUUAUGAUGCACCAAAUCCGCAAGAUGAUCGGCCUGGUGAUCGCAGUGAUAAAGGGCUACGCCAAGGAGGACGUGAUCGAGCGGAGCUGGGGACAGGAUAAGGUGGAUGUCCCCAAAGCUCCAGGUCUGGGGCUGGUUCUGGAAAGGGUUCACUUUGACCGCUACAAUAAACGGUUCGGAGGAGACGGGCUGCAUGAGCGGCUGGAGUGGGACCGCGAGGAGGAGGCGAUCAAGGCCUUCAAGGAGGCUCACAUCUACCCCACAAUUGUUGAGACGGAGUGUCAGGAGGGCUCCAUGGUUAGCUGGAUGUCCACACUUUCUAUCCAUGACUUUGAAGCUACAGCCACAACUACUGACUCACAAGACAACAAGGACCAGAAACAGGAAAAUGCAGAUGUAGGAAACGACUCCGAUUAGGUCACCCUGCCUGCUGAAAGAAAAGACGUCUUCUCACCAAAACAUUUUUUUCACUUUUGUUGGGAUUCAGCUUUCAUUUUAGUAUAUCUUCCAAGGCUGACUUUUUUUAGUGUGAUAAAAUUCUGAUGUUCUUAUACAAAUGUUAUUAAUUAAACAACAAGAUAAUAAAAACCUCUGUGUUCUUUAUCAGA